AACGCAAGGGAUUAUCCAGUCUGUGGCUCAGUCAACGGUGAUACCCAGGUCACCCUGGUCCACCGCACACGGCUUAGGAUAAACCUAUCAGGCGUCCGGGUAGGGGGUCUGCUAUCUACACCAGAAACAAGGCGUCCGUCUCCAUGGUAACAGCUAGUGGAGGUAUCGGUACGCGCAUGCGCCGAGCUUUGCAUCCUCUCAGGCAGGAGGCAUGGCGGACAUCGUGCGGGAGAUGAGGAGCCGCGUGCUGCUGGGGGAGUUCGGGCUACGGAAUGUUCACAGCACGGAUUUCCCAGGGAAUUACCCGGACUAUGAUGACACUUGGGACCAGGAGAAGUUUGAGAAGAGCUUCCGGGUGGAUAUUAUUAAGAUGGAAGAUGACCUCCUGGAGUUUGACAUGAUUGGAAUUGAUGCAGCUUUUGCAAAUGCAUUCAGGCGCAUCCUACUGGCUGAGGUCCCCACCAUGGCCAUAGAGAAAGUCUAUGUGUAUAAAAACACCUCUAUCGUACAGGAUGAGAUCCUUGCUCAUCGGCUGGGCCUGAUCCCUAUUCGGGCUGAUCCUCGACUCUUUGAAUAUCGCAGCACAGAAGAUGCAGAGGGCACAGAAAUAGACACUCUCCAGUUUGAGCUGGAUGUGAAAUGUAAAAGAAACCCCCAGGCUUCUAAGGACUCCUCAGACCCCAACGAGCUCUACCUGGAUCAUAAAGUGUACACAAGACACAUGAAGUGGCUCCCACAAGGUAACCAGUCUGACCUGUUCUCCGAGGCGGACCCUCCUCGUCCUGUCCAUGAUGAUAUCCUAAUUGCUCAGUUGCGUCCUGGCCAGGAGAUCCAUGUCGUCUUGUAUUGCGUCAAAGGCAUUGGGAAGGACCAUGCCAAGUUCUCUCCUGUGGCCACAGCCAGUUACCGGCUGCUUCCAGAGAUCACACUGUUAAGCCCCAUAGAGGGGGACCUAGCAGAGACGUUGCAGAAAUGUUUCUCUCCUGGAGUCAUUGCAGUGGAUGUGCAGAAUGGUAAAAAGGUAGCACGGGUGGAGAAUUCUCGAAUGGAUACGUGUAGCCGCGAGAUUUUCAGACAUGACGAACUAAAGAACUUGGUCAAAAUGGCACGGGUGCGAGACCACUUUAUCUUUUCUAUAGAAUCCACCGGUAUUUUACCCCCGGACACUCUACUCAAAGAGGCCAUCAAGGUUCUGAUGGGGAAAUGUCGCCGGUUCCUGGAUGAGCUGGAUGCUGCCCAGAUGGACUGAAGUUCCACACUCUCAAUGACAAUGUGCACAUACUGGACCCAAUCCGCCGUGGACAGAGACUUAUAGAUGACCUCUCAUGUGGCCAGCAAAACUUUUAAAUUAGCUCAUUACACAUGAUUGGAGGGCAUAGAGACCCAUAAUUAGGAGAAACUUUGGGCCCCAGACAACGUGGAGAAGAUGCUUCCUAACAGACGUCUGUAAUACUUGAUUUUACAAGUUGCAAAAGGAGCUGUUCAGAGAAAUAUCUGAAUAGUGUAAAACAUGGUGAUUUCCUGCCCAUAAGAUUGAUUUUUGUUUGCUGAUAGAAGUAUGUCGAGUUAUAACUCAUGAAAGUAAAUACUGUACAUAUGAACACAGCCUUGAAGAAGUUUUAGAAGUACAGUACCAAACCUUACCAUUUUUUGACUGAAAAGAGGGGGACCCUAAAUUAGGUGCUGCUUGAGUAGUGGGAAUCUACUGUACCAAGGGGGGAUUGACGACUCCCCAAAUCAAAGAGCAAAAAAUAAAACAAUAAAGUGGGAACAGUUUGUUGGAAAGGUAGCGGAGUAAAAUGGCCGUAAUCAGUAAGGAUACUGCCGCAUUAAUGGGAUGCGGUCAAUUUACCUACAAUCAAAAUACCGACAACCAUUGACCGACGGUCAAAAUACAGACAAGGUCAAAAUACCGACAUUUGAACUGUCGACAGGCCAAAAAGUCUACAUGAGUGUUUCAUGAUUUGUUUUUUUUUUUUUAUUGAAACCGACUUUUUCAUACUUUACCAUCCCAGUGGACCUGGAGGGGAGAGCGCAGCGGUACACUUAUACGGUGUCCAUGUCACCUUAUGUCGACAUACACACCAGAAACCAAUGAAAACCUUGUGUUGACUUUUCGACCUGUUGACAUUUUAAAUAUCGGUCUUUUGGCCUUGUCGGUAUUUUAGGUGUCGGUAUUUUGACUGUCGGUCAAUUGUUGUUGGGAUUUUGAUUGUAGAUAUUUCAUACUAAACCUGUAUUAAUUAUCACCUCUAACAUGGGGACUUGACCUGUGUGUCUACAGAUCUGUACAGCUCUAUGAACCAUCUGUGUGGUCACUGAAUUUCUAUUUGUUCCGCUUGCUAGAUCACUUGCUCUGCUGAAAGUAGAUCUACCAGGUGUAUCUCGCUAAAAAAAAACAGGUUAUAACUUAUACACUGAAUAUAUUUCUUAUUAAAUGAAGGCUCAUACCAUU